CCAAGAUCAAAGCCGUGACGUUCUCUCCAAUACGCGGGUUUACUAAUUAAUUAAGUUUUUUGGGGUUAACUUUUUAAAAAGUUAUUAUAAUAAUCUGUGGGCCGUAGUAAAAUGUAGAAGAAUGUUGGUGGACUCGUUGGUUACGUGGGGAUAUGUGCCUUAAUGUGAGUUUGUGAGUUGUAUAAAGAAGCAACAGUGAGAUAACAUCUGAACACAAGAUUACAAAAAACAGUUUAAAAGUUUUUUUACUUAAAAUUCUCUCUUUUCAGUAGUCAAAGUUUGGAACUUGAACACCAUCAAAUUCAUCAAUAUUGCUCCAACUUGUCUAAAAAUCUCAUCAUUUUUAAAACUCUAUAAUAACCAUUAACCAAUCUUGAUUCCCCAGUAACUCGAGUUCGUAUAUAUAAUCUCUCUGUUACAGAGGAUCGUCAAACAAAAGAAAAACAUGAAGUUAUUCGGGUGGAUGCAUAACAAGCUAGAUGCGAAACAGGGGAAUAAUAGAAGAACAAGCACUUCCUCUGCUUCUUCUCAUCAUGUGAAGCAAGAACCAAGAGAGGAGUUCCGCGACUGGCCUCACGCGCUUCUCGCUAUUGGAACAUUCGGUACCACAAGCAACGGUGUGAGCAAAAACAAGAGCAGCAAUGUUUGUGAAGAGAUCGAAGCGGAGAAGAAGCCUAUCGCGCACUGCGAGCAAGAAGAAGAGCCUUCUUCCUCUGAUGAUAUUGAGGAAUUUACUCCCGAGGAGGUUGGGAAGUUGCAGAAGGAGUUGAUGAAACUCUUGUCAAGAACUAAGAAAAGGAAGUCUGAUGUGAAUAGAGAGCUCAUGAAAAAUCUUCCUCUGGAUAGAUUCUUGAACUGUCCAUCAAGUUUAGAGGUCGAGAGGCGAAUCAGCAAUGCGCUCUCCGCUGUUGUAGAUUCGUCUGAGGAGAAUAAGGAGGAAGAUAUGGAGCGAACAAUUAACGUUAUUCUAGGUAGAUGUAAAGAGAUAUCUAUAGAAAGUAAGAAGAAUAAGAAGAGAGACAUAAGCAAGACGUCUGUCUCAUAUCUUUUCAAGAAGAUAUUUGUCUGCACAGAUGGAUUUUCGACAUCCCCAAACCCUAGCUUGAGAGACACGCUUCAAGAAUCUAGAAUGGAGAAGCUGUUGAAGAUGAUGCUGCAUAAGAAGAUUAAUGCUCAAGCCUCCUCUAAACCAACAUCAUCGACAACAAAGAGAUACUUGCAAGACAAGAAACAUCUGUCUUUGAAGAGCGAAGAAGAAGAAGAAAGCAAUGAAAGAAGGAGCAGUGGCGACGGACAUAAAUGGGUCAAAACAGAUUCUGACUUUAUAGUUCUUGAGAUCUGAUCCAACCUUUUCAAGUUCUUGCAAGAAACUAUUCAGAGUACAGAUUCAAACUAAAAUUCAAAAGAAACAAUGAAACGAGUCUCUUAUUUCUGAGGAAAUUUUUGGUGCAUCUGCACCUGUAUGUAUACCUUCUUAUUUUUUGCAUGAUUGAUCUGUUGGCAUUUGGGUCCAUAGAACCAAACAUGUUCUUGAAAACAUACAUACAUGUGUAUCAUUUGUGUAAUUUAAAGGCGGAUAACCUUAACUUAUGAUGAUUAAUAUGUCCUCUUUAUAACAUUCUUUGUGGAUUUGGUUCAGUUAUUUUUUAA